AUUCAACGAAGCUAUAAAAACUAUCGCACACCCGUGCAAAACCCGACAGCGGCAGUCGCUCCACAACUUCUGUUUGAACCGGUCAUUUUCGCUUCUGCGCAAUUCGCAAACUAUCAGCUGUAGCUAUUCACUCCAACCUCAUUCGACCCGGAAUAAAUAGCACGAAUGGCUCCGCUACGCUGGGGUAUUGCUAGUGCCGGUAAAAUUUCACACGAUUUUACCAACGCUCUGUCCACCUGGUCCAAGGACGACCAUUUGGUGGUUGCAGUGAGUGCACGGAAACUGGAAGACGCCAAAACAUUUGCCCAGCUGCAUGGAAUUGAGAAAUUCUACCAGGGAUAUGAUGCUUUGGCCAAGGAUCCGAAUGUCGACGCUGUUUACAUUGGAGCAAUCAACCCUACGCACUACGAACUAGGACUGUUGAUGCUGAACCAUGGGAAACAUGUUCUCUGCGAGAAACCGCUUUGCAUGAACGAAGGUCAAGCGAAAAAAUUGCUCGCUCAUGCCGCGGAAAAGAAACUCUUUUUUAUGGAAGCUAUUUGGUCGAGAUUUUUUCCGACGUACAUUCACCUGAAGGAGCGCAUAGAUGCAGGCGACCUGGGUGAAAUCAAGGAAGUGGAUGUGGAGUUCGGUUUUCAAUUGGCUGAUGUUGAUCGGCUCAGAAUGAAGGACCUGGGAGGCGGAACAGUGCUCGAUUUGGGCGUUUACACUAUUCAAGCUAGCCUGUGGGCAUUGCGAGCUGUGCCGACAAAAGUGGUCGCAAAGGGACAGCUCAACGAGGAAGGUGUGGAUAUGGAGGUCAGUGCAGAGCUGCAGUUCCCGAACGGAGCAAUAGCAAAGAUGAAAACUAGUGCACUGCGAAAGCUCAGAAAUACUGCUAUCAUUCGUGGUAGCAAGGGUACGAUAACGUUGCUCGACUUCUGGUGUGCCACUGCGCUGACAGAUAUUGAUGGAUCGCGCAAGGAGUUCCCGCUCCCGAAGGCACGGCAUGGUUUCAACUUUCCCAACAGUUGCGGUUUACGCUUCGAGGCAGAGGAGGUACGUCAGUGCAUCGCCGGAGGGAAGCUCGAGUCCGCAUCGGUUCCGCAUAGCGAGAGUCUCGCCAUCGCUCGCAUCCAAGACGAGAUAAGGAAACAAACUGGCGUUCGAUUCCCAGAGGACUCACAGUUCAAAGCGUAAUCAUAAUGCCGGUGGACGCAGAUUUAACGUGAGGAAUAAAUUCCAUAGCCAGGGUGAAUGCGUGAUUAGGCAAUACAAGAAUCACCGGUUCGAUUGAGGUGAAAUUAUAGUUCAUAUUUUCUCAAAUCGCUGGAAACCAGCCUUCUAAUUAUUGUGUUGUUCUGGAAUGUAUGUUUGUUGUGCCAAUAAAAAUGAAUUACUAUAGCUGGUUUUAGUUGAUAUCUGAACGCACCAAAUCAGAUCUAUUUCGAGUUUGGUUCGACAAAAGAGAAGCAUUAGGUAAC